CACGUAAGAGCGAGAAAGCAUGAACGCGCGCAUGCCAUCCAUUUGAGUUUGAAAUCAACAAUUGAAGCCCGUCGGCAAAUUGAAAUAUAAUAAGGUUGCGAAUGCGUAGGUGAGGCAACGGUAAACGGACAUUGCCAUUUAGAGUCAAACCAACCGCCAGCCAACCAGCCAACCAACCAACCACCAUGUUAAUAUGCGAGCUCACUUUUUCGCUGUUUGCCUUAACUUACUUUGGCUCAUAAAUAAAAUAUUUACAUUACGAAAUUGACGUCUUCGAUGCUCGGUCGCAUUUGCAUGGUUCCUUUUUCUGCGGGCUCCUUCGGUGCACAUUGAGCGGACGACAGCUUUCACCUAGCUGUAGGCACGCGCGCGUAUCUGUGUGUGUGUGUUUGUGUGAGUGUUUCUCUCUCUGCCUUUCUUUCGCUUACUCGUUGGCUUGCUCUCAGUGUUUAUGUGCAUUUUGUAGAGAUUCGCAUAAGAAAAUACAAAAUGACCUCCAGCAGUGAGUGGAUUGAUUAGUCUAGGACCAAAUACUUUAGGGGGCGACCCAAAAAACGCUUUGAAGUCAUUUCGGUUAUUAAAUUUUGAAUACUUGCUUAAGCUGCACGGCAAAGACAUCAAAACCAAAACGGAUUUUAAUUAACGAAACAUACAUCUCAACAGGAACAUUUCAACAUCUUGGCUGCAGUCCGCGUGGCAUGCAACCGUGUAGUCCAUCGGGUGUUGUCGCUAUGAUGCCGCCAUCGAAGAGUCCCAUCAUGGAAACCGCCGCCAGCGAUGGCAACCAGACAGCUGGCAGCGAUGCCAAGCGCGCGUGUCCCCUCAAGUUCUCCAUUGCCAAAAUCAUGGAGCCGGACCACAAGCAACCAUCCCAACAGCAGCAGCAGCAGCAGCAACAAUUGCAGCAGCAGCCACAACAGCCACAGCAAUCGCUGCCUCCGGAGGAGGAGCAGCGCGAUUCGUACGCCGACUCGGAGCGCUCCUGCAGCCCCAUCGAGGUGACUGGGGACGAUGAGGAGCCCGCUGCCAUGACGGCCAUCAAUUACGACUCGGCCUUCAAGAAAUAUGUGCCUGGCUCCAGCCUGUGCUCUGCCCCAGCUUCGGGUGCAGUCUCAGCCUCGGCCUCGGCUUCGGCCUCGGCCUCGGCCAGCGCCGUGCAACAGUUUGUGAGCACGCGGCACCAGGAGCUGCUCUCGCAGUAUCCCCUGCUCUACUAUGCGCCCAAUCAGCUGAUGUGCGCCGCUGCCGCGGCUCAGUACGCCGCGCUGACCGCUCAGCAGCAGACGUUGGCCAGCGCCGCCCACAUCAGCAGCUUCACAGCCUCGCUCAAUGCCACGCUGCAUCAUUCGCAGACGCUGCGACGCAACCUGGGCCAUCCGCUGGCUGCGGCCGCUGCUGCUGCUGCAGUUGCUCAGUCCGCCCAGCCGCUGGCGACGCAGCAGAGCCUGGAGAAGAGUCCGAUGCGCACGCCCCAUGCCACGCAGCACGCGAAUCUCAAGCGCAAGCGCUCGCCGCCGGGCGAGGUGACAACGCCGCCAUUGCCACUGACAUUGCCGCUGCCGCCGGCCGUGGCUGGAGCGGCAAGGCCAGGCUCGCGCUCGCCGUCGCCGCACGGCUCGCUGGAGGACAGCAGCCCGGGUUCGGCCAAUGGCGGCAAGCCGAAGACGUUCUCGUGCUUGGAGUGCGGCAAGGUGUUCAAUGCGCACUACAAUCUGACCAGGCACAUGCCGGUGCACACGGGCGCCCGCCCGUUCGUGUGCAAGGUGUGCGGCAAGGGGUUCCGGCAGGCGUCCACCUUGUGCCGGCACAAGAUCAUCCACACCUCCGAGAAGCCGCACAAGUGCCAGACCUGCGGCAAGGCGUUCAAUCGCAGCUCCACCCUGAACACCCACGCCCGCAUCCACGCCGGCUACAAGCCGUUCGUCUGCGAGUACUGCGGCAAGGGCUUCCACCAGAAGGGCAACUACAAGAACCACAAGCUGACCCACAGCGGCGAGAAGGCCUACAAGUGCAACAUCUGCAACAAGGCCUUCCACCAGAUCUACAAUCUCACCUUCCACAUGCACACACACAACGACAAAAAGCCGUAUACGUGUCGCGUGUGCGCCAAGGGCUUCUGCCGCAACUUCGAUCUCAAGAAGCACAUGCGCAAGCUGCACGAGCUGGGCGGCGACUGCCUGGACGACGAUCUGCCGCCGGCCUACGAGCGCCGUCGGGAGUACACGCGUCGCGAGCCACUCUCGAACUACAGCCAGGCCAGCCAGCUGACGCCGGACUCCUCGUCGGGCAGCCUCUCGCCGCCCAUCAAUGUCACCACGCCGCCCCUGUCCAGCGGCGAGGCCAGCAACUCGGCCUGGACCCGGACGGCCUACCAGGAGACGGCCACGGCCACUCACUUUCAUCAUCUGCAGGCGCCAGCUGUGGGUCUGCACGGCGACUACCCGGCCAGCUCGCCGUUCCUGCAGCUAACGCAUCCUGCACAGCAGCAGCAGCAUCACCAGCAGCAGCAACAACAACAGCAACAACAGCAGCAGCAGCAGCAGCAGCAACGGCUGACAGCCGCUGCACUGGAGAAUGUGCCGUUCAUAGCGAAGGUAUUUUGACAGAGAUACUAUGCCGAAAACCUGGCCAGUUGCACGGCAACCUCGAUGACGAAAGCCAAGUCUGGCAGCGACUUGCUCAUCGACUGACUGCAGUUCGUGACGGCAGCAGCCACAGCCACAGCCACAGCCACAUCCACGGAUGAGGCUGCUCCGGCGGAGAGCAGCGGCACGACCCUGGGCAAUGCUGUGCGCGCUCUCAAUGGUCUAUUCUAAAUGCUUAGCCUCCCACCAAAUGGUUUCAACAAUAACCUGUGCAAUAAACAUUCCAAUCGAGAAUCUUUUCUUCUACAGCACCUUAGGCUAACAAGAACAAGAACAAGAACAAGAAAACAAAACAACAGCAACAAUAGUUAUAUAUACAUAUAUCUAUAUCUAUAUAUACCUUUAUAUAGUAUGUGUGAUUUGAAGAGCAAAUUAAUGUCGAUUUUAUUUAUACAACAAAUUGUAAAUAGUUUAUUGAACUUUGCGGAUACUCGGAUUGUGUAUCUGUCUCUGUCUCACUUAAGUGUACGUGUACUAAAUCUAGUUAGUUCGAAAUGUAAUCUAGACUCUGCGAAAUCUAAAUGUCAAAAGAUAAAGAAGAAGAAGAAAAACAAAAAAAAAAAAAAAAACAACAAGAAUUUCAUCAUCAUUACUAAGUAUAUGUAUUUAUAUAUAUUUAUGUAUUUAUGAAUUGGUUGAAAUGGAAUCAAAUUUUAUCGAAAUCAUUGAAAUUGUUUAGCACUAAGCGAAAUUAUUGAUAAUGUUUAAGCAAUAAAUCAAUUCUUCAAUAUAAA